ACUUAUUAGGAAAGACCUUGAUUUUGAUUGCCGCCGGCUGAGCUAUAAAAAGCUUAGCACACCGCUCGAACUCCACAAAGAUCGAGAAUGCAGCAAUCUCUGCGCUCUGAAUUCCUAUUGGUCGCUUACGGCAUCGUGCUCGUCGUCUGGGGAAUUAACGGCCUGAACAUUCCCGAGUGCACUGGUCAGAAUGGGCUUAUCAACAACACCCGAACGAACUGCAGCUACCCCUUCAUCAAUUGUUCCGCGCAGGACUCGACGUUCUGCUCGGACAACAGGACCUGCAACGCCAACUUCACCUGCGGCGCCUUGGACCCUGUGGAUAACUCGACUGCUUCACCCAUCCUAACUACUCCGCUUGUCACCACUACACCUUCGCCAACCGCCUCACCCUCCGAAAUCCGACGCCAGUGUCGUCAGGGUGUGACCAAGAGGUUUAGCUAUCCGCAGAACUGCAACUACUUCUACUACUGCGUGGAUGGCUUUCUCCUCGUGGAGCAGUGUCCCAUUGGAUAUGCCUUCGAUUCGCAAACUGGAGCUUGCGGGGGUCGCAUAAGAAACUCCGACGACUGUGCGCUGAAGUAGAGGAAAGCCGAAAAAAUCACACACCACUUUUAAUUAGGCCUCUUGUCAUGUCAAAUAAAGUCGUUAUAGCUAGGAAAUAAAAUGAAUUUGGAGUCUUAUCUGAGAACA